AUGAGUGAGAACACAAUUGCAACUUUGGAAGCUAACUAUGAGAACAAAUUACCCUCUUUUUCCUCUUUGGUUCUAUCAUUCUCAAGUGGUUCUGACAGCAGCUCCGAUCAUUCCAUAAGAAAAGAUGUGCUAACAAAGUCUAACUUAUAUGGUAGAUCAGCAUCUACUACACCUUUAACACUUCAAGCUCCACAUACAAUGAGCAUCGGUUCUUUGAAUUCCGUUUACUUUGAUGGCAAGUCACCUUUCAAAAAGGUUGCACUGACUGAUAUUGUCAAUGCAAGUAGAACACCUUUGGAGUGUAAGUUCCCCAUGACCGCCUUUUCCCUGUCACCGAAUUAUUCCGUAACACCAGUUCAGCAACAGCGCUCGGGUACUGAAAUUGAUCCACUUCACUGCAAUACUUCAUCGCUUUCUGAAAUAAUAAGAAUCACUCCUAAAGGUCCUAUUGAUUUUGAUGGUUCAUUAAAAACAUUUCCCAAGAGAACAGGAUUUGUUAGAAAUGAUUAUUCGGACACAUUUAAGCAGUUGAUGACUUCAUUGGAUGGCGUUGGUGUAUUUCAAGAGAGAGUUCAAAGAGUAAUAGGGAAAUCGGAUUGCAGUAAUCUAUACCCCAACACUACCAGAUUUGACGAAAGUAGCUUUGCAAAUGUUUUAUUUAAUGAAAUCACAAUGGAAAACAUUGAUAAUACGCUUUCUUCCUUACAAGAAGCACUUAAAGUGUGUCACAGAUUGAAGUCCGAGAGAAUUAAGUAUGAACAGGAAUCGAAACAAAAGGAAAAUGCCAGAAGGCUUUCAUCUCUCAUUGAACUUCGAUCCCCCAUACGGCUGAAGGUGAAAAAAACCAAACAUAAUCACCCUAAUCGAAGAAACUCUGCACUUGAUAUACCGGGGCUCGACGUUAUACCACUAACUGUUAAUCGGGUUAAAGUGGAAGACUGGGAAAAAUAUAAUCUACAACAACAAGGUGGUUUAAAUGUUGAGCUUAGUAUCAAGAGAAAAGUUGUAUGUUUACAUUGUGGUAUUAAGUCAACUCCGGAGUGGAGAAAGGGUCCAGAUGGAAACCGUAGUCUCUGUAAUGCCUGUGGGUUAUUUUUCACCAAGUUGGUUAAGAAACAUGGCAAUGAUUCAGCUGCCAGAAUUCUUAGAGAGAGAAAGGAGGAGAAUAGGAUAUUAGACCGCAGAGUCUAG